AUGAAUCGUCUAAUUCAAUCUGCUCCUGUCAUUGAAAUCCCGAAUGUUGGGAUGAUAUUUCCAUCCAAAACAGAGAUUCGUUUGUAUUACAAGGCCUACGCCCUUGGUACUGGUUUCAGUGGGAAAAAUCUUUUAUAUCUCAGACCCUCUACCAAGACGAAUUGUAAAGCAAAGAUUAAUGUUGCUGUUAGAAAUGAUGGGGAAGUCGUGAUCACCAGCGUCUUCCUUGAGCACAACCAUGCCAUGAGCCCGGGGAAAUCAAGACAUCUUAGAUCCCAUAAGGUUCUUGAUCCGGAUGUGAAGAGAAAAUUGGAAUUAAAUGACGAAGCAGGAAUUACACUCGCAAAAAAAAACUUUAUUUCAGAAUCUCGGAAGUCGAGUCUAGGAAAUGGUGAUGCAGAAGCGCUUUCUCAAUACUUCACCCUAAUGCAAAGCAAAUCCCCAAAUUUCUAUUAUGUAUAUGAUCUAAACGAGGAUUCUCGGAUAAGGAAUGUAUUUGGGGCUGAUGGAAGAUGCAGGGCUGCUUAUCAGUGCUUCUCCGAUGUCAUCACCUUCGACAUAACUUAUUUAACAAACCGCUACGACAUGACUUUUGCUCCAUUCGUAGGGGUGAAUCAUCACGGACAAUUCAUUCUACUAGGGUGUGGCCUACUAUCUAGCGAGGAUUCUUCCUCAUUCAUUUGGCUUUUUAAUGCAUGCAUGGUUGACAUGCAUGCAUGGAUGUGCUCCGAAGGCAAUAAUAACUGA